AAUCCUCCGCGGUCUCCACAGUUGGGAUUUUGAGCUGUUCGUGUCAAACCAAGAUGUCACUGCAUCGCCUGUUCCAGCUCUCCUCCCUCUUACGCUCCGCUGUGGGCCUCACUCUGCGGAGGAACAUCGGCCUCUCAGCUGUGAUCUUUAACAAGGCCAAAGACAUGGACCCAGUGCAGAAGCUCUUCUUAGACAAGAUCCGUGACUACACCAACAAGAGCAAGGCGGCUGGUGGGAUCGUUGAUGCUGGACCUUCUUUCCAGAAAAACAUGAAUGAGGAAGUGUCCAAACUGCAGCGGCUCUACGGAGGAGGAGACCUGAACAAGUUUCCAGAGUUCAAAUUCACAGACCCCAAACUGGACGACGUGGCCAAGUGAAGUUCUCCAUGUUGUACAUUGAUUCUUCGUCUCAAAAUUUGUUUUAUUUAAUAAAAAGGUUUAAAUGUUC